CAAGGAUGAUGAAAUAUGGAUUUCAACUAGAGGCAGAUACUGUGUUAAUUAUAUAGGGGUAGGCUUCUGGAGUUAAAAUGUUUGCAAGGUGAACGUCUGAUAAUCUCAAUGAAAGUCAUUUUUUGCAUUUCACCCAGACCCACUAGGUGUGAACAUAUUAUUUAGUGGGUUUCAAGAAAGGAUGGGCUGGUGCCAGACUAACCAAGCCUGUGAAUAGUUCGAAUUUCUUUCAUUUCACUUCUCCAACCAAGCCCAGCUUCUGAAAGCCAUAUAAAGGAAGACUCGGAGAGGAUUUUGGACUGUUCAUCUCUCUCUACGCCGCCACCUUUAUGCCGCAAUGAGUCGACAGCUGAAUGCCAGAGCUCUGAAUGGAGGGAGGGGGUUUAGUGCUGGUUCUGCAAUUGUUUUCGGAGGGGCCAGGAUCAAUGCCUCCUCUCCUAGCCGAAGAAGCGCCGGAGCAGCAAGUGGAAUUGGUGGCAUUUACAGUAGAAGCCUUUACAAUCUGGGGGGUACUAAGCGCAUCUCCCAGAGUGUGGUUCCUGGAGGUGCACAUCGCGGAGGUGGAUUUGGUAGCAAUGCUGGGCUUAGUUUUGGUGGAUUUCUUGGUGGUGGAUGGGCCAAUGGCAACUUUGGCAAUGGAAGAAAUGGCCCUGGGUUUCUUUCCCAUCCUCCGGGUAGCAUCCCAGAAGUCAUCAUUAACCAGAGCCUCCUGGCGCCACUUAACCUGGAAAUUGAUCCUGAGAUCCAGAAAGUACGCAGAGAAGAAAGAGAGCAGAUCAAGAACCUCAAUGACAAAUUUGCUUCCUUUAUAGACAAGGUUCGAUUCCUCGAGCAGCAGAACAAAGUCCUAGAGACCAAAUGGAACCUCCUGCAGCAGCAACCCAUCUCCCAUGCGAAGAGCAACAUGGAUUCCCUCUUUGAGGCCUACACCAACAGCCUGAGGAAACAUCUAGACUCUCUAAAGGGUGAAAGAGGGAGGCUGGGUUCAGAACUGAAGAACAUGCAGGAUCUAGUGGAAGACUUUAAGCGCAGGUACGAGGAAGAAAUCAACAAGCGCACCACUGCUGAGAAUGAAUUUGUGCUGCUAAAAAAGGAUGUAGAUGCGGCCUACAUGAACAAGGUGGAGCUGGAGACCAGGGUGGCUUCUCUGACAGAUGAACUCAACUUCUUGAGAUCCCUGUAUGAAGUGGAGCUCUCACAGAUGCAAGGGCAGCUAAGUGACACCAGCAUCAUCCUCUCAAUGGACAACAACCGUGACCUGGACUUGGACAGCAUCAUUGCAGAAGUCAAAGCUCAGUAUGAAGAUAUGGCCAACAGGAGCCGAGCAGAAGCAGAUGCCAUGUACCAAAGCAAGUUUCAGGAACUUCAGCUCACAGCGAGGAAACAUGACGAUGCCUUGAAAAAUUCCAAGAUGGAGAUUUCUGAGUUGAAUCGACUCAUCCACAGACUAAGAUCAGAAACGGAAAGUGUGAAGAAACAAUGUGUCCAUCUUCAGUCAUCUAUUGCUGAAGCUGAGGAACGUGGAGAGAUAGCCCUCAAAGAUGCAAGGGAAAAGCUGUUGGAACUGGAGAAUGCCAUGCAGAAGGCUAAGGAGGAGCUGGCACGCCUUUUGCGUGAUUAUCAGGAACUUUUGAAUAUUAAGCUAGCCUUGGAUAUUGAGAUUGCUACCUACAGGACCCUCUUGGAAGGAGAAGAAUGGAGGAUGUCUGGAGAAUAUGGCAGUGCUGUAAACAUAUCUGUAGUUAGCAACAGCGGCAUGGGAGGAGGAAAUGGACUGAGCCGCAGAGAAGGGCUCAGCAUCAGAAGUGGUUCAAGUUCUGGAAGUGGCAGGGGCAUUGUGGGAUAUGGCUCUGGAGGAGGAGGAAGUUGCUCCGGCCUGAAAAUCAUAUCAACAACUUCUACGAGCAAAAGGACAACCAUCAGAUGAACCAUAAUCAUAAUGUACUGAAGGACCAAAGUGACCACUUGCAAAGCCUAGAG